GUCAUGACAUACUCAAACAUUUUCUAGCGGUCGGCCAUUUUCUAUUCUGCGUCUUUGUCGUCAUCGUCUCUCGUUUGACGCUUACGUCUACAAUAUACAUAGUUCUUGUUGUUAGGCAUCACGAAUUGUCGUAUCAAACAUUGUGUUUUAACGUUCACUAAGUUAGUCGGUUCCUAAAUAAAUCUAACAUGGCACAAGUUAAAGAAGAGAAGAAAAAUGAUACGUCAUUGAAUACGUCUAAUAAUGUGAAUCAGAACACCCCAGCUACAAACCACAAGGUUAAGCCUGAAUUUCAGGGUGGUGGUGGUCGCGGUGGAAGAGGAAAUCGCUUCCAGCCUUACAGGGGAGGACCUAAUCGAGACCAGAAGGGUCCUAGAGAUAAUAAUGCGCCUAGAGGAGACUUCCGUAAUGAUGUUCAUGGAAAUAAUAACCAAGAUAAUGAAAUUAUGAAUAGGGGUAAUCGUAACCCUAAUGAAAGUGGAAGAGGUAGACGUGGCGGUGGUAGUGGCUUCAGAGGAGGCCCACCACCAAACCGUGAUGGCGAUAGAUCCAAUAGAGCUGAUAACAUGUGGAAUGAAAAACUGAUGCAAAUUAUGGGGCCCACUCAUGAACUUCCAGUUAAUGAUAAUAAAGAAAGAAAAUUUUUAAGCCAGUGCCGUCUGUAUAUUGGAAAUUUAGUGGAAUGUAGCGAAGAAGAAUUAGCAGAAAUGUUCAAACCUUAUGGAGAGGUUUCAGAAAAUUUCUUGAAUAAAGAGAAAAUGUUUGCGUUUGUUCGCUUGGAUUACCGUGCAAAUGCUGAAAAAGCUAAAAGAGAACUUGAUGGACAAAUGCGCAAAGGUCGUAUGUUGAAAAUUCGUUUUGCUCCCAUUGCUGCUGCUAUUAAAGUUAAGAAUUUAACGCCAUUUGUUUCCAAUGAGCUUUUGGAAUACGCAUUUUCAAUAUUUGGAGAAAUUGAGCGAUGCCAAAUCAUGGUUGAUGAAAGAGGCAAUUCAACUGGUGAAGGAAUUGUUGAAUUUUCUCGAAAAAAUGCUGCUGCUGCUGCAUUAAGACGUUGUUCAGAAGGCUGCUUCUUUUUAACAAGUUCUUUGAAGCCUUGUAUUGUUGAGCCAUAUGAAUUUGUUGAUACUUCUGAUGGCUUGCCUGAUAAAUUACUUCCAAAAAAAACGCUUGAAUUCAAAAAACAAAGAGAAGCAGGACCUAGAUUUGCUGAUCCAAGUUCUUUCGAGUAUGAAUUUGGUACUCGUUGGAAACAAUUAUCAGAGUUGUACAAACAAAAAGAAGACGCUUUGAAACGUGAAAUGAAAUUAGAAGAAGAAAAAUUAGAAGCUCAAAUGGAAUAUGCACGUUAUGAACAUGAAACUGAAAUGUUACGAGAACAAUUGCGUCAGCGUGAAAUGGAUCGGGAACGCCAAAAGUUGGAAUGGGAAAUGAAAGAACGUCAAGCUGAAGAUCAAAGGCUACGAGAAGGAGACAUGUUUAGGAGGCAAACCGAUGAUCUUGCUAUGAGAAUUCAUCAUCAGGAUGAAGAAUUGAGGAGACGUCAACAAGAUAAUUCUGCUUUUAUGCAAGACCACAGAGGAGGACCAGGCAAACCAGGAUUUGAUGGACCGCCUGCACCUGUCGAAGGCAUGUCUGUUCGUGAACUAGAAGCUAUGACUGCACAAGGAAUGGCCCGAAUGUGCUCGGUUUAUGGUUGAAUCGUAAAAUGGACGAAGCUGGCAAAAGACGGCGACGCUUAUCUAAAAGAAGUAGUAGAUGAAAUGCCUGUGUUUAUUUGCGCUAGACAAGAAGACAGGAGUAAAGUGUUGUGUUGGUUGUACACACGUCGUGUUGCGUCAACGUCGUUUUCUCUCAACACGUUGUGACGGUAUUGAUUUUCAAAAAUACCGCUUUAGCUGCUUCCUCUGCCGUUCAAGUAUCGCUGCAGUAGUAUAAUAUGCCAUCCAAUGCACCAUUACAAGGCGUGUUAUUGCGGAAAUAAAGCUGCACCGAUGAAUCUUGGGAUCAUACCAACUACCUUUCAGACCAUUGUUUGCCAGUUAAGAACGUUGGCGACAAUACAAAUAAAUGAUCAUUAGUGAGACAUUUUUUUUUUUUUGAAACAAAAUGAAAAUGCUCUUAAUAAAUUUGACAUUAGUAUGGUACAUAAAA